AUGGUCACCUUAUUAGUUUCCAACAAUACGUUGAGUGGAGAGAUUGCUCCGUUCAUUUGCAACUCGAACUCUAUUGUAUAUCUUGAUCUGUCUUACAAUGGAUUGAGUGGAACCAUACCUCAAUGUCUAGGAAACUCUGAUAGCCUUUCAAUCUUGCAUCUACAAAUGAACAAUUUCCAUGGUACCAUCCCACAAUCAUUAGCUAAUGACUUUAUUCAAUACCUUGACCUUAAUGGCAACAAGUUGGAAGGGUCAUUACCACAUACUUUGGUUAACUGUAGUCGCUUGGAAGUUCUAAAUGUUGGAAACAACAUGAUCAAUGAUACUUUUCCUUAUUGGUUGGCAAACCUUCCGGAAUUGCAAGUUCUAAUUUUGAGAUCUAAUAGAUUUCAUGGUUUCAUUGGCGAACCCAAGACAAGAUUAGCAUUUCCUAAGUUGCGAAUACUUGACCUCUCUCACAAUCAAUUCACAGGUAUUUUGCCAACAAGAUAUUUUGAGAAAUUUAAUAUGAUGGGUGGUAAGAAUCCUAAAGGUGAAUUGGAAUAUAUAAGAGAAGAUCCAGGAGCAUAUGACCCCCUUUAUUGGAAAAGGCCAAUGUAUGUUCAAUACUAUUCCAUUAGUUUGACGGUAAAAGGCGUUGAUAGAAAAAUAGACAAGAUUCUAACCAUUUUUGUAAUGAUGGAUUUGUCAAGCAACCAAUUUCAAGGGCAAAUACCAACAGUAAUUGUAAAGCUUAAUUUCCUCCAAAUCCUCAACUUUUCUCAUAAUAACAUUAGAGGUCAUAUUCCACCAUUAUUGGGAAAUUUGACAAGUCUUGAAUCAUUAGACCUCUCCUUCAACAAGCUUAUUGGACAGAUACCUAAUCAGUUGGCAAGUCUGACAUUUCUUUCUGAGUUAAAUCUUUCAUACAACCAGCUUAUGGGAUCUAUACAUAAAGGAAAUCAAUUCAAUACAUUUCAAAAUGACUCCUACAAAGGAAACUUGGGGUUGUGUGGAUCCCCAUUGUCAAAGAAAUGUGGUAAUGAUGUACCAUCAUCACCAAUACCGUCCAUCUACCAUGAAGGAGACGCUGAUUUGAACUGGUUUGAUUGGAAAAUCAUUUUGAUGGGUUACGGAUCCGGAUUGAGUGAGGCUCAGAAUCAUAGCAAAAGUGAAGAGAACCCAUCCAAGAAGAAGAAAUUAGUGACUUCAAGUGCUACUCUUCACAAGAGUUAG